AUGAUCCCCCUAAUCAUCGACAACACCGACACCCUCGACCCCUCCUCCACAAACCAAACCGCCACCUACCAAGGCGCAACCUCCUCCUAUACUCUCUCCGCCAUCUCCUCCGCCGCUGCUGCCUUCCCCUCUUGGUCUCGCACCGCGCCCUCGCACCGCCGCGACCUCCUGCGCUCUGUCGCAAAACUCCUCCGUGAGCGCAGCGAUGAGCUCUGCGCGACUAUGAUGGCGGAAAUGCAUGCGCCAGAGCUCUGGGCGCGAGCAAACGUGCAGUUUGGUAUGGAUAUGCUGGAGGAAACGGCGGGAUUGAUCUCUGAUGCAAUGAUUGGAGGGAUUCCCGUUUCACAGGGGGAGAGUUAUGCGAUGGUAUUUAAAGAGGCUAUGGGGGUGGUGCUGUGUAUUGCGCCAUGGAAUGCGCCGAUUCUUUUAGGGUUGAGGGCUGUUGUUGCGCCGUUGGCUGCUGGCAACACGGUCAUUUUUAGAGGCUCCGAACUAAGCCCCAAAUCGCACUACCUGCUCGCGACCCUCUUCCGCGACGCAGGCUUCCCACCCGGCGUGCUAAACUUCCUCCUCAACCGCCCCGAAGACGCGCCCGAGCUGUACGAGCUCACUAUUAACCACCCGUCCGUGCGCAAAUGCAACUUCACCGGUUCCACGCAGGUAGGCCGGAUCAUUGCGUCCAAGGCCGCUUACGCUCUUAAGCCUGUGCUCCUCGAAUUGGGCGGGAAGAACUUUGCGCUUGUCCUCGAUGACGCAAGGAUCGAAGAAACUGCCGAGGAGCUUGUCAAGGGCGCGUUUUUGAAUAAUGGACAGAUCUGUAUGUCCACGGAUCUAGUCUAUGUGACUGAAGCUACCGCGCCGAAACUCGAAGCCGCCCUCCUUGACCGCUUGAACAAAAUGACAAAUAAACCACGCCUCAUCUCCUGCGCCAGUAAAUCAAAACUGACCUCCCUCCUUGAGGACGCACGCAUCAACGGCGCAACAAUCCACCAUCCCCCAUCCUUCCCCCCCCCAACCCACGAUUCCAAUGAUUCCACCUUCCCCCCAACCCUCCUCACAAAUCUCUCCCCAACCUCCUCCUUCCACACAACCGAGUCCUUCGGUCCCCUCCUCGGCAUCGUCCGCACCCCGGAUCUCACGGCAGCAAUGGACCUGAUCACAACCUCAACCUACGGCCUUUCCGCAUCAAUCUUCACCUCGUCACAUUUUACGGCGCUGAAACUCGCCGAGAAAAUGAGAGUUGGCGCUGUGCAUGUGAACGGAAUGACGGUGCAUGAUGAGCCGACGUUGCCGCAUGGGGGCGUGGGCGAGAGUGGAUUUGGGCGGUUUGGAGGAAAGUGGGGGGUGGAGGAGUUUUUGGAGGUUAGGACUGUUGUGCUAAAUCCCUGA